GAGGCGUUCACUCGCGCCACCACUGCCACCGCCACAACCUCUACCAGCGCUACGAGCGCCUCAUUUUUAUGGUUAUCGAUUUUAGCUGCCGGCCUUGUUUGCGUUGCAUCCACUCAAUAUGGUGGAGGAUGGGCGGCAUGUGAAUGCAAGCGCAGAGUUUAUUCACCGUAUCAAUGCCAAAAACUGCAAAGUUGUCGCAUGCUUCGUCGUGACCGGGUUCAUUGUCUACCACGGCAUCAUACACUUGACGUACGGCAUUGACACCUGCAAGUGGCUCCUGAGUGAUGGAAGGUUUCAAGGGUAUCAUGUGUGGCAGCCCUAUGGGUGCAUGUUGCACACCUACAGCAAUGCGGAAUCACGGAUGUGCAUGCGGUACAUUGCCUACUGGGGAGGCAAGAACCAUAUUGUCUUCAUGGGGGACUCCCGCAUCCGCCAGCUCUACCUGGCCUUUGUGCAUCAGGUGCAGCCGUCAUCGUCGCUCCCAGAGGAGGACCUCAAGGAGAACAUACACCACAACCUCAAGUUUGUGGACAAGGACCUCAAACUCACAGUGGAGUUCCUCUGGAACCCGAUGGUGGACGCGGCGAUGCGCGCGUCGUGUGCGCGCUGGCUAUCGCGUGGGAGUGCCGAGCGGCCGACGGUGCUGGUUUUGGGCAGUGGCACCUGGUCCAUCAAGCUCUCCAACGGCAGCAGCCAGGCGGUGACGGAGUACAAGGCCAACGUGACGCAGCUGGUGCCGUCGCUGGACCGGUUGGCCAACACGACGCGCAUCCUCUGGCUGCUCCAGGACCCUGUGGUGCCCGAGAAGCUCCACCCCACCCGUCGCAUGAUCACCAACGAGCUGAUCGACCGCUACAACGAGGCAGCCACCCACGCACUGCGUUACAGCAGCGUGGAGCUGUGGAGCUCGAUUCGGCUCAUUUCCGAGGGGUACCACAAUGAUCAGGAGGAUGGCCUACACACAGGAGCAUUUGCAGUCAACUACGCGAUUCAGAUCCUCACCAACAUGUAUUGCAAUGACCACAUGAACUACAAUGACGGCACCUGCUGCAGCAGCUCGGAGCCUGUGACCAUGCUGCAGAUAAUCACCUUCUCUGCUUUUGGGGUGAUAUCAAUUCUAGCCCUCGCUAUGAUUGUCCACCGGCACCUUCAGUUGAGAAGGGCCCGAGCAUUUCGUGCCGAUGAUGUCCAAUGUCUCGUCAAUGGUUCCAUCAAGCAGCAGAAAACAAAGGACUCGUGGUACAUCCUACUCACCAAUCUGUCAAAGCUUGGCUUGAUCAUGGGCUACUUUUUCCUGUGUGAUCGGACAAACUUCUUUAUGAAGGAGAACAAGUACUACACGCACCUCAACUUCUUUCUGCCCGUCGCAUACGUGUUUGCAUUGGGCCUGUUCUUCACGGAGGAAACGCAGCACACCCAAGUGCUGCACCGAGAUCAGACGAAUGAGUGGAAGGGCUGGAUGCAGCUGAUCAUCCUCAUCUACCACACAACCGGAGCUAGUCAGGUGCUGCCCAUUUACAUGCACGUGCGUGUGCUGGUGACUUCAUACCUGUUCCUCACUGGCUACGGCCAUUUCACCUAUUUCUGGCACAAUGGCGACUUCGGCCUGUAUCGACUCUGGCAGAUGCUCUUUCGGAUGAACCUUCUGGUGGUGGUGCUUUGCCUGAGCAUGAACCGGCCGUACCAGUUCUAUUACUUUGUGCCAUUGGUCUCCUUCUGGUUUGUGGUGGUGUUUGUCACCAUGACCAGCAUACCCCAGGUGGUGGCAGCUUCAGCCGAAGCAAACCCCCUGCAGUACUUAUACAUAGUUCUCAAGUUUGUGGGCCUCUUUUCGGUUGUUACCAUAUUGUACAUGUCUGAGGUCUUCUUCGAAAAAAUUUUCGUCACUCGCCCAUGGAAAGCGCUGUUCGUCACGACGGAUGAUUCCAUCAAAGAGUGGUGGUUCCGAUGGAAAAUUGACCGAUACAGUGUGGCGAGUGGCAUGCUGUUUGCAUUUGCCCACUACCUGCUGAAGCAGUACAGGGUAGUCGACGACAAUCACCAUGGAAACCUGUUUUCGAGGGGUCUCUCGCUCACCGUCACACUGGGCUCUUUGCUGGGCCUCGGGUUUUACACAACGUUUGCCUUGGUUUGUCGAGCUAAACCAGACUGUAACGAGAUUCAUGCCUACGUCUCGUUUGUGCCAAUCAUUUCAUACAUUAUCCUGCGGAACAUCAGUGGCCUGCUGAGGACCAGGUACAGCACCUUCUUUGCCUGGUUUGGCAAGAUCUCGCUGGAGCUGUUCAUCGCGCAAUACCACAUCUGGCUGGCGGCCGACACCCAUGGUGUGCUAGUCCUGGUGCCAGGCUACCCUGUUCUGAACGUCAUUGUGACCUCCUUCAUCUUCGUGUGCAUCUCGCACGAGAUCCACCUGCUCACGGGAAAGCUGGUGGUGUUUGCCAUUCCAGCCGACUGGAGGUACAUGGUCCGCAACCUCUCCAUCUUCUUCCUGAUCCUCAUCCCCAUCGGCAUCCACGACGGUAUGUUCUGACGUGGGCGACAAGCAAACCGCGGCAUCACUGGUGCGGCUUUCUCGCGUCCGCCCCUGGCGGCACAAUGGCCCCGUUCCAUGGCAGCCGAUAUAAGUCUCUCCAAGCGACGAUGACGAGAGUGGCCUACCAGGCCUCCCAACAAAAGCUUGAAACACGAGCAAAGGGAUGUUCCCUACGAUGGGAGGAAGCAAGAUGGCAGACAAUGCAAGACCUCUGAACACAGCGCGUUUUGCCUUGUGUCAUUUGAAGAGAUUUUUCUCCAUUGUGCUCACUGGUUUCCUCCCCCCUUUGCAAAACAAAGUGCAAGUUGAAUGCGGCCACGUGUUUUUGGAAGGGCGUAUUUUGUUUACCACGUUGUGAUAAGCUGCUUGGGGAAGGGCGAGCACUUGAAGACAGGCGCCAUAUUCCGGAUGUGUGGUUAGUGGACCAAUCGUUAGACUAUCCUAGGUUGAGACGCUCUAGGCAAAUCGGGAUGUCUUCGAGGUUGGAACGUACUGAUUGCAUAGUUUAGAAAGGAACAAAUGCACCCUGACUGCAAUAUUUUUUGUUUUGCCCAUUAUUGGUCUGGUUUUAUGCUUGGAUUGGCUCCUUCAACGGUUCCUCCUUGUGUGUGUUGUAAUUUUAAAUCAUUUUGGGUAGCAUUGUAUGUGCAUGGCGAAUGUGUCGGUGGGAUCUGUCGUUUCUGAUGUCAUGUACAGUGGCCCAAUUUUUUAAUAUCAAGCGAGCGUCGACCACCGGAACGGCCAGCGCUGUGCUGCGGAAAAAUGCGGCGUCACGGGAGAGAUUAAGCGCGUGCGCACAAAGCCCUUUCUGGUGGGAGCGUCGUCUACUAAGCUAUUCCGUUGACCGCACACAGCCCCUGCUCCGUAGCGAAGGAGGGCAGGGCGCUUGCAAUGUCAAAGUGCAUCGAAGUGCAUCAAAAUCCUAUUGAUGUUAGCCUGUGUAACCUUGAUUGUUGUUUCUAUAUCCCUUUGCAUCAUGCCGCCCAUCGACAUUCUCACAACACGUUCCUAUGUUUCUAUAGGCCCUCGAGGAGACAUAAAAAUGUGCGCGCGCCUGCUGGUCAAAGAAAACUGUGACUACCUGGCUACAUAGGCUAGAUGACGACCGCAACAAUGCAGUUGAUAAUACAAAACACCAAGCCCAAGCGGAAACCCUGUCUACUCCGUUUCACUUUGUGUUGUACCGCAGCCGACGCUACGAGUUAUCUUGGCCAGUCCAUCACUAAAAGUGUGUCAUGUGGCUUUCCCGUUGGGUACAACUGCACGGGGAAGCACGAUGUCACGUGGCAGGGUAAAAGCUAUUACGAAAAUUAAAAAAGCGCAAAAGACAAGGACAAGAGGGAGCGACAACACAGGACAAGCGCUUACUUGCAACUGACGUUUUAAUUCGGAAGAUGAGGAAGAUGAAGAACCCUAACGUUAAAUGUUAGAAAUAUUUAUGAGAAAGGAGUGAAAGGAUCUAAAAAGACUGAGAAUUGAAAAAGAAAAAAGAAAAAAA